UCUCUCUCUCUCUCUCUGUUAAUAGGAAGUCAACAAUCAAUUCAAGAUCAUGGGGGACUCCUCUGCUUCAUAUAUCCACAUGGUACACCACUUGAUCGAGAGGUGUCUUCUCUUCCAUAUGACCAAAGAAGAGUGCAUGGAUGCUCUCUCCAAGCAUGCAAACAUACAACCGGCCAUUACCUCCACCGUAUGGAAGGAAUUGGAGAAAGAGAACAACGAAUUCUUUGAUGACUACGCGAGAACCGAAGAGAACCGCGUGUCUAAAGAGGAGACGAGCCAAAAUAUCCACCCCAUACUGUCUGAUUUCUCCGCCGCAAAAGAUUCCUACAAAUAA